CGUACGGAUGCUCACCGCCAACUAAACGCGCGAGGCUUAGACAUCAAUAACAUCUCGCUCAUCAAUAAGAAAUUUUGAUGGAGUUAGACUGCUUAAUUAAAUAGGUUGCCUUUACGCUAGCUGAAUUUAUAAACUUUAAUCUGAUGACCCCCAAUGGACAAGAUCUGAAGGAAGAACUCUUCAGCAUCUCCAUCCCUAGGAAAGCGGCUCGGCCAGACAGAGAAUCGGACUUGGAGAUCAUUCUUAUCUUUCGGUAAUGGCUAUUAACACUGAUGCUGCCUUUGGGAAAAGCGCCCUUGGAGAGAGGGAAGUUUCUAACCCCACCGGCUUCCAGGACACGGAGAAGCUCCUGAGCACAGCAACCACCGAGCCCUCCGGGCAGAGUAACAUCAAACCAUCCGACUCUUUCUCCCUCAACAUCAGAGGGAGCAUCCGCUCCCUGGACGCGGACCAGAACGGACACAGAUCGCCGCUUAAAUCGGGCUCCGUUGGGGAGCUGGCCCCACCCAGAUCUUCGUCCCGGCUUUUCCUGGGCCCGUUGCCCUCUCAGGUACCAACCGGCUCCGAACCCCCGAGUUACCUCUGGCUCGCAGUACUGUCCUGUUUCUGCCCCGGCUGGCCGCUCAAUAUAUGCGCCUUGUGGUAUGCAAAUGUGUCGAGGUCUGUUCUCCAGACAGGGGAUAAUGAGGGAGCAAGGAAGUAUGGGCGUCUAUCUAUGCUACUCAGCGCCCUGGCAAUGGUGCUGGGUGUGGCUGUAAUCAUCUUCACAGUGUUUACAAUAGAGAUGCAGAAAUGAACUGUGGGAUGGAAGCAGUCUUCUUUAAAGUCAUCUCAAAUUUGCACAGAAAAAAAAAAAGGAGAAAGGAUAUCAACUUGAAGAUGAAAAAGCACAAAAAAGACAAAGAAGCUCCAGUAUAACUUUUUUUUUUUCUUUUGGUUUUUGUUUUUCUGCUGUGGACUUUAAAAAAAAAAAAAAAGAAAGUCCGGGACAUUUCUAUUUUUCUGGCUACACUCGUGUCCAAUAACGUCAGAAACUCAGGACCUGAGGAAGAAAGAUGAAGACUGCACUACUGUGUCGGACUGUCAGUAACUAUAUUCUCAUAGUCCAAACUAGCGGUGCUCUCCUGCCUUACACACUGGAUAAAACUACAAUUUGCUAAUUAAAAAAAACCAAAAAAACAAAUGCCCUCGUGAAGUGAGUGGAUGGCUUAUCAAACACAACAACAAAUACAAAAGAUUGAAUACAAAGGCAUCAGUGCACCUCUAGUCCAUAAUGUUGCCACUGCCUGCCCUGUUUCUCAAAAGAUCUGCAGCAAAAUACAAAUUAACUUUUCCUUCUGUUGGACUCAAGACUUUUGUGGCUGUAGGAUGACACAUAAGCUGUUUUUGUACAUUGUUUACAUGAAUUUUAAGCACGUCUAUGUAUCACAACAAUGCCUUUCUGCAGUCAUAGUGUGAUAUCUUGCUUUGUGUGCUGACAUAACUGAACUGACUCCUGUUCGGACUCUACUGAACCUCAUUAUGUUUACAAUAUAUUGCAAGAUAUGAACGGGGCUGCUGCCCCCCUGUAUG